UGUUAUUUAAUAUCUUUAUGCUGGUCUAUAUUUCUUUAUUAGCGCAUUGCUUUAUUUAUUGUUUUUCUUUUUUGUUUUAACCGUAAGUGCUCGACUCGUUCAUCUGUACUGGAGCUCUGUUGCUGUUGAUGCUAAUGUUUUGUCAGGCUCACUUCACAACAAAUCCUCUCAGCAUUUGAAUCAUGGCAGAGACGGACGAGGCCGAUGUUCAAACAAAGAAAAGCAAAACCCUCAUCGUACGGCAUCUGCCCAGAGAACUCAACAGAGAUGAGAAAGAGGAUCUGCUCAAAUAUUUUGGCGCCUCCUCUGUCAGAGUGCUGUCAGAGAAGGGACCACUAAAGCAUAUGGCAUUUGCGACUUUCAGCAGUGAGACCUCAGCCUCUAAGGCACUAAACAGACUUCAUCAGCUGAGAAUCCUUGGUCACACACUAGUGGUUGAGUUUGCUAAAGAUCAAGACAGUGUCAUUGUUUUGAAAGACCCACCUGUGUCUAACAGUGGUGCUGGUGCUCAAGCUGAAAAGGGGAAGAAAGAAAAACAUCAACACAAUGUUCCAAUGGUGGACAACAGCAUUGCUCCCAGUCUGGGGUUGAAAUUUCAAACAAAUCCAACGCUGAAAUAUUUAUACCCUCCUCCUUCAAGUGGAAUUUUGACAAACAUUAUACACACACUUCUGAGCGUGCCCAAGUUCUACGUUCAAGAAAUAUGCAGCACCAGGUGUGUGGAAACAACACACACACACACACUCUUUUCUUCAUCAGAUGAACAUGUUCCUCCACAGGUUCUUCACUUGAUGAAUAAGAUGAACCUCCCCUGCCCAUUUGGGCCGGUGACAGCUCGUCCGCCUAUGUUUGAGAUGCCCCCAGGCCCACUGCCGCCCAUGCCCCCACCCUUCCCCCCAGAGAACCCUCCUCUGCCAGAGCACGAGGAGGGGGCGUCGGGCAGCGAAGAAGAAUCCGAGUAUGAGAGUGGAGAUGAGGAGGACAAAGAGAGGAUGAUCAGACUGAUGGGCCUUGUUAACCAGCCAUGCAAAAGACCGCUGAGAGCAAAGACUUCUUCCAAGAGAAAGAAACCCAAACUAAAAGACCUCCUGUUUAUUCCCAAACCGGAUUCCCACGGGCCCUCAGGCCCAGCCCUGCAGCCAGCAGACGUGUUCGAGCAACCUCAGACUCUCGGACAGAAGAAAAUUGAGUUCCAUAUAUCGGCUGAGGCGUCCACCAUCCUCGAGGGGCCCGGACAGAAUCAAGAGCCGCAAUUCGCAGAUGCAACUGAAGACACGGCAGAGAAGGAGGUUUCCGCUCAGGAAGCCGCAGAAGGGUUCGGGAAAAUCUACCCGAGCGCUCAGGUCCCCAGACAGGAGGAAGAGAGGGAGGAAGAUGAGGACAUCCCCUCGGAGUUCAUCUCUAGGAGAGAGCUAGAGAGAGGCAGACUCUCCAGAGACGAGAUAAAGAAAAUGUCUGUGUUUAAAAAUUACGAACCCGGAGAACCAACCUGCAGGCUUUACGUUAAGAAUAUUGCAAAGCAAGUUGAAGAAAAAGAUCUGAAGUUCAUCUACGGUCGGUAUAUCGACAUCUCCUCAGAGGAGGAGAGAAACAUGUUUGAUAUUGUUUUGAUGAAAGAAGGGAGGAUGAAAGGUCAGGCCUUCAUCGGACUCCCCAGCGAGAGAAGCGCGGAGAAGGCCUUAAAGGAAACCAAUGGAUAUAUACUCAACGACAAACCUCUUGUGGUGCAAUUCGCCAGAUCUGCAAAACCUAAACCGGAAUCUGCUGACCCAAAGAAAGGAGGGAAAAAACACUGAACUGAUGAUGUUGCAUCAAAUUACCUCAAUCAUGAGCCUACGGGAGCUCCAUCUUUACUUCAUAUCCUUUAAAAUAUCCUUUAAAAGAGUUAUUUGAGUUGCUUGUUUAUAUAUAAAAAAUAUAGGUAAUAAUACCUGAAUUCUUCUAAAUGUCAAGCAAUAUUUUUCUGCUUCAUUCAUAAAAAAAAAUAUAUUUAUUGUCGCAAAUAAAUCGUAUUAAUAUUCACAUAUUUUCCCUCCAAUUUUAUUGCAGACUGCUGCUGUUGAGUCCGGUUGGGCUGAAGUUCAUCAUUAUCUAAUGUAAUAUUUUUUUUUUAUAGGAACUGAUUUUGUUGAUAUGUCUUGCAAUACAGUAAAAUAAAAGGAAAAAAAUAA